AUGGAGGUAUUGGAUAUAUCGAAGAUGGAUGAUUUAACAAUUGCUACCCAAAUGGAUGUUCAUGGCGAGGAUGAUACAGAAUGUAAAUCCAUAUUAGGUAUGGAAUUUGACUCUGAACAAUCAGCUUAUGAAUUUUAUAAUUCUUAUGUAGGAAGAGUUGGAUUUAGUAUUAGAAAAGAAUAUGCUCAUAAAAGUAAGACCGGUGAAAUUACUUCAAGGACAUUUGUUUGUUCUAAGGAGGGUCUUAGAAAAUCUGAUAAAAGAGAUUUUGCUGUAAGGAUUCCUAGGGCGGAGACAAGGACCGGUUGUGGUGCUUUGAUGAGCAUUAAAUUAAUUAGGCAAAUUGGAAGUAUAGAGUUAUCAAUUUUGUAG